GGCUGACUAAGAAAUUUUUCCCUUCUUUCUCUUUUUCUCUCUCAGCUGAGGACAACACAGCAGCUGGAAUCUCAGCAUCAACAGCUACAGACAUGCUGGAGUCUCUCCUGACCCCUCUCCUCUUCCUCCUGCCCCUGACCUGGUCUGUACCUCAGCCACCCUGCAGCCGCUGCUGUGAUGACCUCCCGCAGGCAGAGGAUGUCGGGCGGAACAUACCUGAAGUGCACACUUACAUCAACAUGACCAUCCUCAAAGGUGAUAAAGGUGAUAAGGGUGAUAAAGGGACACCAGGUAAGCCUGGUUUAGAAGGUCCUCCUGGACUUCAAGGCCCAGAGGGCCCCAAAGGCUCCAAGGGCCAAGCUGGACCUCCAGGUGACCCCUGCAAAUCAGAGCACUCAGCGUUUUCAGUAGGGCGGCGUAAGGCCCUCCACAGCGCCGACUAUUACCAAGCCCUAGUGUUUGACACCGUCUUCGUUAAUGUCCCUGAACACUUCGACAUGUUCUCAGGAAAGUUCAGCUGCCGUGUCCCAGGAAUCUACUUUUUCAACAUAAACAUCCACACAUGGAACUUCAAGGAGACCUACCUACACAUCAUGCAAAAUGAGGACGCACAAGUCAUCAUUUACGCCCAGCCUAGUGACCGCUCCAUCAUGCAAAGCCAGAGCAUUCUGCUAGCCCUCAAACUGGGAGACGAGGUGUGGAUUCGGCUUUACAAACGUGAGCGCGAGAAUGCCAUCUACAGCGACGAUGUGGAUAUCUACAUCACCUUCAACGGGUACCUCAUCAAGUCUGAUACAAAAUAAUAGGCAACACCUUGAAGGAACAUGGAGUUUUCAUGGUGUUAAAACAGGAGUUUUGUGAUAAGUCAGUCUUUUUUAACCCCAGGUUAACCCCAGGAUUUGUUUACCUCACCUGCAUUACCUUUAAAAGGCCCAUAAUCAAGAAAGGACUAUGGUGGGUAGACCAUGAGUUUAAUCUCACCAAACAAAGCAAGUGUACAAGUUGAGCCACUGAAUUUUGUACAGUAUAUGUAAGCAUACAAUUAUGGCGACCUCUUGUUUGUGCAUUAAUUUCCCACUUUUUCAACUCCACUGAUAACAUAGUUAUAUAGUUACAGACUGUUGUCCUGUGUCUGGUUAUCUGCAUAAUUUAUUAUUAACCUCCUUUCACCCUGUUCUACAGCAAUAGUCAGGACCACAAAGGAGAGACCACCACAGAGCAGCUAUUAUUAUUUGGUUGGUGGGACAAAAUUCUCAGCCCUGCAGUGGUUAGCACUGAUCAGCAUGUUGGUGGUGUAUAUAAGGUGUUAAUGUUGUUCUGGUACGAGUGGAUCAGAUACUGCUGCAGUGCUGCUGGAGUUUUUAAACACCUCAGUGUCCCUGCUGCACUGAUAAUAGUACACCUACAGUGUCCUGUGAACACUGAUGAAGAACUAGAGCACAACCAGAACUAGAGGCUAAUUUAAACUGUGCAGCAACAGAUUCAGAGCUUCUGUCUCUGACUUUACUGUAUUUACAUGGUGGAGCAGCUGUAGGUAGGAGUGUGUAAUAGAGUGGAGAACAGUGAGUGAUUAAACACAGUGUUUAAAAACUCCAGCAGCACUGCUGCAUAUGAUCCACUCGUACCAGAACACCACACACUAACACCUCAUUUACACCACUACCAUGCUGAUCAGUGUUACUCACUGCAGUGCUGAGAAUAAAUGACCCAACACCCAAAUAAUAAUAGCUGCUCUGUGGUGGUCUAAUCUGUGGGGUCCUGACAUAGAUGAACAGGGUGAAAGGAGGAUAAUAAUAAAGUAUGCAGAGACCCAGAUACAGGACUACAGUCUGUUAUUAUAAAAAUAAAAUUUUCUAUAUGAUCAGUGGAGAUGAAAAAAAAUGAUAAAAGUGGUUGUAAUGUUAUGUUAUGUAAACAUUAAGGGCACACGUGAUCGUCUCUGUUAGUGGGAAUGCCAUGUUAAAGCUGUGUAGGUUAACAUUUUUACUGUACAUUUGAACUAUAUUGUGACAAAAUAAGGUCCAGGCUGGCUACAACAAUUCAAACUUAGACUUUAAAGAAAAGAAAAAUCUACAUUUCCACUACACUAGCAAAAAUGUUCCACACCUUUGUUUUCUUUGGUUUCCAGUGAGAAUUCCACAGUUUCUGUUGCCCAGCACAAAUCUGUGGUUUCCUCAGUGAAAGCUCUGCAUGAAUGGCUGACUUUAUCGAGCACACCUGGAAAACAUCAGGGGCGAAAAACUGGAAAAUCUAGGUCAAAUGGUGGUCACCAGACGCAGAGCCCCAAUCUGGAAAUCUGGUUUCUUUUCUGCUUUGCAUAAAGUGGACAGAUCUGCACCCCUGGGACUGUAUAAAAAUCUGUUGACUUACAAUAGAAAAUACUUUUAGUUCAGCCAAUACUCAAAAAGCUGACUUUUUGUUCCAAAAGAGCUUAAUAUAAUCAAACAGAGAGAAUAUGAUCUCACAUCUUGCAACAUGCAGAGCAUCAUGUCUGCAUUAGGAGUUAUUUUAACUGAUAGAUAUACAGUUAAACAACAGUGUUCUAAAUGGGUAUGUUCUUUCUGUUUAAAUUUUUGCAGAAUGUGAAGGUGUCCUCUGAAUUUUGAAUAAGGAAGUACAAAUUGUGUAUAGGACAUUACAAUACAGGCAGCAAUACA